AUGACCCCUCGAGGCUUGUCCCCUCUGGGGCGCAUACCAGGAGCCCUAGAACUUGUAUAUCAGGAACCCCUGGCCCUUGACUACCUGCUGGUGCUCCUGGUGUUCGUCAUCCCCUGGCAGCUCUUGCUCGACGGCAAGCUACUCGACUUCCGCAAGGUAGCAAAGCAACUGCCCUGGGGGGCCCUGAUCGUCGUAUUCUCCAGCCACAUCAUGGGCAUCAUCGCCAAGGAGUGCGGGCUCGCUGUGUGGAUCUCCAACCGAAUCGGUAGCGGCCACCUGAACAGCGUGCCGCUCUCUCAGGUGAUUCUGGCCGUCUGCUCGGCCCUGAUGACGGAGCUGAUGACUGACGUGGCCACGGCAUCCAUCCUCUUGCCGGUCGCGCUUGAUGUGGCCAUCAGCAUCCAGUGCCACCCACUGCUUCUGGUGCUACCGAUGUCCGUGGCAGCGUCCACGUCGCUCAUCUUCCCUACGGGCAGCCUGGCGCUGGCGCUGCUCCAUAGCGUCACGGGCUUGGCGCCCCUAGAAAUGAUGAUGGCCGGUCUGAGCACCAAAGUAGCCUCGAUCACAGCUAUUUUGAUCGGCGUCAACACCGUGGGCUACUACCUAUUCGACUGGAGAAGUCCCCCGCCAUGGUUGCCCAGCCACAACGAGUCCAGCACCCGCGCCCCACUGCCCCUGUGAGAGGCUCGUUCCCGUCCACGGUCACCCCCAGUGUCAUCGCCAUGCCUCGUUUCAGCCACCUUGGG